AUGGGAUGUUUCCCUCCUGAAGUAGAUCAUCAAGGCAAUAUUGAAUACAAGUUAAAAUUGGUCGAUCCAUCGGAAGAACGCCUAGAACAUUUGAUUACACAGUUGAAAUGGAGAUUGACAGAAGGUGAAGGACAAGCAUUGUAUGAAUUGGGUGUAAAUGAUAAUGGUUCACUUACUGGACUAUCAGAUCAAGAUAUGACUGCAACUUUGAAUACUCUUCGACGAAUGGCCGCAGCUUUGAAUGCAGAAGUCUCUAUUGUACAGGAAAUGAAAAUCAAUCAACCAACUCAUUUGAACAACAACUACAAAAAAAUGAAUGAUUCAAAAAAGAAAAACAAAAAGAAACAAAGCACGAAUGAAGUCAAUAAUAAUGAUACUCAACCAAGAUGUAUUAUCGAAGCUUUGGUACGACUGCGGACACCUUUGGAUUUACCUACAUAUACUGAUAUUCGAAUGGCCAUCAUAGGGGAUACUGGUAGUGGCAAAUCUACUUUUCUUGCUCAUAUUAGUCAUGGCAUCAAAGAUACAGGUCAUGGGACAGCUCGUAUCAGUCUUUUACGCCAUCCACACGAAAUUGAAACUGGUAACACGUCCUCCAUUGCUCACGAAAUGAUUGGUUACACUGCUGAUGGUAUUUUGGUCAAUAGUGCCUCUUCUUCUUCUUCUUCCUUUGAUGACGCUUAUUUUUUCAAUGACAAUAAUGAUUAUUUGGACUCUUAUACUUGGGAACAAAUUUGUGCUACAAGUAGUAAAGUGGUAACCUUCCUUGAUACUUGUGGUCAUUCUAAAUAUUUACGUACGACAAUCUCUGCUCUGACUGGAUAUGCUCCGGAUUAUGCAUUAUUGGUGGUAUCGGCAACUCUUGGUGACUCUGCUGUGACAGAAAUGACUAAAGAACACAUUUCUUUAGUGCUUAUGUUAGAUGUUCCUCUCUCUGUGGUAAUAACCAAAAUCGACUUGGCAACCAAUGAUCAAAUUCAGUCCUGUAUUCAAGCUCUUCAAGCAUUUCUUUCUUCUAUGACUGGUGUCCAUCAUCAACGUCGUUUACCUGUGGUUAUCACUCCUUUCCCAUUUCAAGAAAAGAAUAAUAAUAAUAAUCAAGAACAACAAAAUCUUAUUGGUGUUCAUAGUGCAACGAACGCUGCUUCUGCAAUGAUGGAUGAUGAAUCAACAAUACCUAUAUUUUUGGUCUCUAAUGUCACUGGUGCUUAUAUGAAUUUGGUCCAUUCCUUCCUAAAUGCAUUGGCAAAACCAACUCGCAAGAAAUCCUUAUCUUCAUUGACCUCCUCCAAUCUUCUUGAAGAACCUGUGGAAUUUCAAAUCGAACAAGUCUACACAUUAUCGGAUGUUGGUAUUGUUAUAGGGGGUGUUCUACGUCAAGGUCGUAUCAAUAUUCAUGAUCCUGAACAAUCUCGUACCUUUGCACUUGGUCCCAACAGUCAAGGUCAUUUUAUUCAAGCUACUGUUGUCUCUAUUCAUCGUCAUCGUAUAUCUUCCCAUUAUGUACAUUGUGGACAAACUGCUUCACUCGCCAUAAAACUGACAUCAUCAUCAUCAUCAUCUAUAGACGAACGACGUCAACAACAACAACAUCAUCACUCAUGGGGUAAAAUCAAGAAAGGUAUGGUGUUACUAGCUAUCAAUGAUGAUCGUCCACCUGAAAGUUAUACCAUCUUUGAAGCAAGUGUACUUGUAUUAUAUCAUGCAACAGGAUUAAAAAAGGGGACUUGUGGAAUGUUACGAUCUGGCUUUAUACGUCAACAGGCACGUGUCAUAGAUAUACAACAAGGGCAACAAACUGAUGAUGAUGUAGUAGUGACUUCGGGACAACAAGCAACAUGUGUAUUUCAACUAUUGGGUGAUCCUGAAUACUUACGAUUAGAAGCGCAAUUUUUGUUUUUAGAAGGUUCUUUCAAAUGUCUAGGCAGCAUCACCAAGUUAGUGGGGAAAGUCACAGGCAAAUGGAUUAAAUAA